GGUGUUUUUAGUAGGACGUGUGCAUUUCUAGCAAGACCCUACCAUUCGUCUUUGUUUCUUACAUUAAGAUAAAAAAAAAAACCCAAAAAACAUAACCUGCCGAACUUCAUCAAGCGAAAAGCUUCGGUCGCACUCCAUUGAUGCUUCUCAACCGUGAAGAGAUCAAAGUGCAGCAACUGGCGCAGAACUUGUUAAGAUGGUUCUUAUGCGAACUCCAUGUUCAAGAUUUGGCUGAGCGACAAAUGAGAGAGAAAAUUCUCUUUAUUAACAGGUGUUAGGGUUAAUUUUUGUUUUGGUUUGGAAAGUGAUAAAACCACGACUGAAAUAUGGUACGGUUGUGUGUUUUGAAGGUGAGGACAGUGGUAUAUGUGUUUCUACUCCUGAUGUUAAAUUUCCUGUUUCUGUAUUCGUGGUGGGGUAAUUUUGACAUGCGGUAUUACGUGAAGGACGAGGUUGUGGUAACGUGUCCCAGUAUUUACGAAGUGUCGGGACGGUUCCCGAGACAUCUGGCGAACCAGAAACGUCCGCAACGCAUUUCUGACACUAAAUAUAACAAUUCCAGUUUCGUGAGAGAAGAACUGCAUGUAAUAAACGAAAAACGUCAAAGAUAUGACACAACAGACGAUUAUCAUUAUCCAUUCACAAUACAAAACAUGCGAUUACCCAAUGUGACCUUGAAAAACAAGGUCAAAGUCUUCAGAGACACUCGAGCGUUCUAUGAGAAAAUGACGCAACGGGACACAAGGAUCUUAAAACUGAUCCUCAAAAGUUUCGUGUCAACGAUGGAAAACAACCGCGUCGUCUACUUCCUGUACAGCGGAAGUCUGCUCGGGUCUUUCCGCCACCACGGAGUCAUUCCCUGGGAUGACGACGUCGAUAUCGUAGUCCCUCUUCUGCAAAGACAGACUCUGUACAAGCUGCUGUCAGACCUAAAGCCGUCUUUUUUCUUGGACAUCAAACAGAAGCGGCGUUGGAAGUUCUAUUCCGUGCUGUCCAGACCCAUCCGGGACCAUACGUGGAGCUGGCCUUUUGUGGACAUCAGUUUCUACGUGGAAAACCAAACCCAUAUAUGGGACAGCGAUGUUAAGUUUAAAAAUAGUUUCGUGUACAAGAAGUCUGAUGUUUUUCCUUUACGAAAAAGACCUUUUAUGGACAUGAUGUUGCCAGCUCCAAGAGAUCCUAUGGCCACCCUGAAGGUCAAUUACGAUAUGGAUGUGUGUGAGUCUAGUCGUUACGACCACAGGCUAGAGGGGGAAAUACCUCGUGCCUUCUAUAAAUCCCUGCCAUGCUACUUUCUACAUGGCAAGUUUUCGUUUGUCAAACACGUGGCGUUAUCCGACGGUUGGAAUGAAACGUUAGAGCAUAAUAAUCACGUGUUGAGUUGGUUCUUUCGACGGAGAGAAAACUCCUAAUGAAAGGCUGAAGAACUAUUUUGUCUUAAAUAGGAUAUCCUAAGCGUGUAGCCACUGUAAACAUGUUUUUUAACAAUAUAGUUUUUUUUAAAUUUUUCAAAGUGUAGUAUACUUCCAUCUCCUGCAUUGAUUAUGAAUAUUGGUGUAUUAAAUACAUUUCCUGUCACCCUAAUGGUUGCAGUGGUUCAGUUUGGUACGUAACAAAUUAGUAGGGUUU